AUGGAGACCAGUCACGACGCGUAUCCGCAGAACAACUUGACAUGGCGGAUUUUGCACAAGGCACAGAAGAAUAGCUAUGCUGUAGGAGCAUUUAAUUGCUACAACGAUGAUGGUGUGCUCGCCGUGAUCCGUGCAGCAGAAGCAAAGAAAUCCCCCGCAAUCAUUCAACUCUUUCCAUGGACGCUGCACUUUCAAGGGCCCGACUUCGUCCGGUAUGUAGUGGCUCGGGCACAUGCCGCCAGCGUUCCGAUUGCGGUGCACCUUGAUCAUUGCAUAGACGAUUCGGAUGUCGAGACAGCACUUUCACUUCCGCUAGACUCCAUCAUGGUAGAUGCCUCGGGAUUGGAACCAGAGACCAAUAUCGCCUAUUGCAGCGGCAUUGCGCGGCGAGCUGCGAAGCUCGGUAUCACUGUCGAGGCAGAGAUGGGCCGUAUCGAGGGCGGGGAGGAUGGCCUGAAGACCAUGGAGCUGGAAGGAUUGCUCACCGACCCCCACACCGCACAGGAGUUUGUAAGAAGAACCGGGGUUCACUUCCUUGCUCCAAGUUUCGGCAAUGUGCACGGACCGUACCCACCUGGAGGUGCAGAGAAGUUCUGGCAACUCGAUCGAUUGCAAGCUAUCGGCAAAGCUGUCGGGAAUGAUAUUCCACUUGUGCUUCAUGGCACUCAUCCGGUGGCCGACGAGCUAUUUCAUGAGGCAAUGGCACGUGGCAUUGUCAAGAUCAAUCUCAAUCGUAACGUCCGAGAUGAGUAUACUGCAUUUGUCGGCGAGAAUUGGUCAAAGGAUGAACUCACGCAGUUGAAAGAGAAGGCAGUCAAAGUCUACGCAAAGUCAAUAGAAAGGGCGAUGGACAUGCUUCGCAGCUCGGGGAAGGCAGCGUGAGAUCAGCCUAUGCUACGUUCACAAGGUGCGUUUUGCAUCAUGGCGGAUCUAGUGGGUCUUGAAGUCGGUGAUGACCGAACGUCUACCGGCGACUACCCGUCGGCUAAAUCCCGACGCCUGCUCCAUCCAACUACGGUAGCCAAAUAUAACAGCACACGCUUUUGAAUCUGUUGGUAUGCACGUCACAAUUGGUCUCUGUUCAUUUUAACUGUAUUACGUGCACAGAUAUGGCUUCCUCGGCAAUUACACAACGGUUGAAGCAGUGGACAUCAUGCGACGUAAGGCAUAUGGUCCAACAAAGAUCAUGAGAGAAGGACU